AUGCGACACAAGCGUGCUAAAACAUACAAAAGGCUCAUGGCCCUGUACUCCAUGUCAUUUGGGUUUCGCCAGCCAUAUCAAGUUCUCAUUGAUUCGCAUAUGUGCAAAGAAGCCAUCGACCACAAACUCGACAUUAUGAAACAACUCGGUGUGGUCCUUCAGGGAUCGGUCAAACCCAUGAUCACUCAAUGCUGUAUCCAUGAACUCUAUCUGCAAGGAAAAUUGCAGCAACCUGCUGUCGACCUUGCGAAGUCUUUCGAACGGCGAAAAUGCAAUCAUCGAGAGGCCAUCCCCGGCGACGAAUGUUUGACCAGCGUCAUUGGGGACAAAAAUAAGCACCGAUAUGUAGUUGCAUCCCAAUCCCAACCCCUUCGUGCGGCGCUCCGACAAGUUCCUGGUGUCCCGCUUAUACACAUCAAUCGAAUAGUCAUGGUCCUUGAGCCUCCUAGUGACGCCACAAUGGAUGCAAAAAAAGCGAUGGAACAGCAGUCAGUUCAACCCACACUUGCUCCUGAUAUUGCUUUGGUACAGUCAAGUUCAAAACAACCCCAAUCUGAGCCUCCUCGGAGAAAGCAAGGUCCGAAAGCACCUAAUCCGCUGAGUAUGAAGAAGCGAAAACCUGCGCCUACAAAACCGGACCCAAAACGCGAUCUAGAUGGCGGAGCCCUGGGGAAAGGGAAACGGCGGAGCACGACGAACGCGGGCGCUGUCAGUGGUAGCGAUGGUGAACAACACGAGGGUGUCGAAAACCGAAAGAGACCAAGUGAUUCAAUUGAUAACAACGAAGAUGGUCCAGACGGGCGAUCAUCAAAUGGGCGCAAGCGCAAACGACGGAGAAAGUCUGCAGCGGUGGAUACACCUGAUGGCCGUGUAGAAUAA